AUGCCGGAAAUUAAUAAAAACACCAUGCAGAAACAGCUACGCCUUCGUAGUAGUCAUGCAAUGAAAACACAACAAAAAUCCCUUUUCGAAUCGAAGUUCAUCGUCAAUGUCGUGUCGGAGGAUCGAUUCGAUGAAUGCUUAAAUCCUUUUAACUAUCCAUAUCAAACCAAUCGGAAAGUCCGUCGGUGUCAAUUAAAACCUGGUGAAGACGACUGUUGUUGCUCUUGUAACUCUGACGCUAUGUUUCAAGUGAUGAAGGCCUUGUAUGAAUGUUAUAAGAAGAAAAAUUGUCAAAAUUGCAAUUGUAUUCUUUGUGGCCAUUUGCAAAAGGAAGAGAGAUUGCUCGGAUUGAUAAACAACUCUUUUGGCACUGUUGCGGUUGAUGCUACUGAUAAGGAACAGAAAGAAAAAGUAAAAAAAAAUGAAAGGGCUUCACUUGAAGGGAAAACACCUUCAGUAAAGGCUUUCAUGAAAAAAGCAAGAGAUGAGCAUGGUUUACCUCCAGAACCUAAAACUGCUUCCGAUGUGCCGCCAGAAUCAAAAACAAAAUCAAUGAAAAAAAAACAUAUAGAAGCAUCAAAAGUAUUGGAGCCACUACAGGGAAAAUCACCUAAAGAAAAAGAAAGAAUAUUACAGGGCUUGCAUGACACUGGCGUUACACUUCCUGAAGGUCGGACACCGUCUGAAAAAGCUCUUAUUGAUAAAGUCAAAGCAAGACCUCGUAAGCAUUCGGCAGUACCUAGAUUUUCAGAAAAAAUGCGAAAAGCAAAAGUUGAUGGCCUAUUAACACCUCUUAAAAGUAAGACACCCGAAGAAAGAGACAGGAUUCUAAGAGAACUUGCUAUGCGCGGAAUACCUCUCCCUGAGGGCCAAACACCAUCAGACAAAAAACUUAUCGAUAAGGUUCGCACCGACCUAGGUCUUCCUAUUGAGCCCAAAAAUAAAGCUAUCAGAGAUAAACACCACAAAGCAGCUUCAGCUGGCAAACUUUUGCCAUUGGAAGGUAAAUCAGCUGCACAAAAAGAAAAUAUAUUGCAAGAUUUACACGACAUGGGUAUACCGUUACCCAUAGGAAGGACGCCUUCUGAAAAAGCUCUUAUUGCUAAGAUAAUGACAAGCCCCCGUGCGCAUUCCAUUACAGUGCCUACAGAGAAAAUACGCAAAGCGAAAGCGGAAGGUUUGCUCACUCCAGUAAAGGGCAAAACUUCAGCUCAAAAGGAAAAAAUAUUAAGAGGACUUGCAAAGCACGGCAUUCCUUUUUCCGAAGGCGAAACACCGUCAGAAAAACAGCUUGUUGAAAAGGUUCGCGGUGAGCUGGGUUUACCACCUAUACCCAAAACACCAAGUAUGAGAAGAAAAUAUGUUAAAGCUGCCGAUGCUGGAUUCUUGCAGCCAUUAGAAGGUAAAUCCCUGAAAGAAAAGAAAAAAAUUCUACGAGGUUUACAUGAUAUGGGUAUACCGUUACCAGAAGGUCGUACACCAUCUGAAAAAGCAAUCAUAACAAAAGUCAAAAGCAAACCUCGUGCCUCUUCACUUUCUCUGAAACAUCCAGAAAGAAUUCGCAAAGCUACAGCUGAAGGUCAAACAUCUGAUCAGAGAGAAAAAGGUCUAAUAGAUCUUGCAAUGCGAGGUUUGCCACUUCCCGAAGGUCUAACUCCAUCAGAGCGGAAACUGAUCGAUAAGAUUCGUGAGGCCCUAGGUUUGCCCACUGAGCCCAAAACUAAAGCUAUGAGACAAAAAUACAAUGAAGCAGCUGCAGCAGGCAAGCUAUUGCCAUUAGAAGGUAAAACAUCAGCACAAAAAGAAAAUAUGUUGAGAGGAUUAUAUGACAUGGGCAUACCUUUACCCAAAGGGCGAACACCUUCUGAAAAAGCUCUUAUAGCAAAAAUUACAGCAGGCGCUGCAUCAUCCGCAAUUCGGCAGACGAAAUCAGAAAGAUUGAAAGAUGCUAAAGCUGCUGGGUUAUUGACACCGUUAGAAGGAAAAAAAGCUGAACAAAAAGAAAAAAUACUUCGGAGGCUUGCUAAACGUGGCUUACCACUCCCUGAAGGUAAGACUCCCUCGGAUAAAAAACUAGUCGACAGAGUACGAGCCGAAGUGGGGCUACCACCAGUACCAAAAACACAAUCCACAAAAGAAAAAUAUGACAAAGCUCUAGCAGCCGGUCUCAUAACACCCUUGGAAGGCAAAACCACUGCACAAAAGAAAAAAAUUCUUAAAGCACAAGCAGCUAUGGGUUUGACACUACCAAAAGGGCGAACUCCUUCCGAAAAAGCAAUUAUCGCUAAAUUGAAAACAAAAUCAACACCAUCAAUUACAACAGAAAAAAUACGAAAAGCUAAAGCAGUGGGACUAUUAACACCUCUUGCAGGUAAGCCUUCUAAAAAAAGAGAAAAGAUUUUAAAAGGCCUAGCUAAAGCAGAUUUACCAUUACCAGAAGGAAAAAGUCCAUCUGAAAAAGCUUUAAUAAAUAAAGUAAAAACUAAAUUGGGGCUACCCGAUAUAACUGAUUCAGAAAAAAUACGACGUGCUGAAGCUGCUGGUCUUUUAACACCAUUAGAAGGGAGAACACCUGCACAAAAAGAAAAAAUUCUAAGAGGCAGGGCAGCAGCGGGUUUACCUCUACCGAUGGGAAAAUCGCCUUCAGAAAGAGCCCUGUUACAGAAGAUAAAAGCUGAUACUGGCUAUGUGACACCGUCACCCUCAGAAAGGUUACGAAAAGCAAAAGCUGCUGGCUUGUUAACUCCUUUGAAAGGAAAAACACCAUCAGUGAAAGAAAAGAUAUUAAAUAAUAUGAAAGCCGCCGGCGUCCCUAUCUCUGAAGGUGAAACACCAUCUGAAAAGGAUUUAAUAAAGAAAUUAACGACUGAACCUCCACCUUUAAAGAAAACACAAUCGGAAAAAAUGAAGCUAGCAAAAGCUGCAGGUCUUUUAACACCUCUGCAAGGUAAGACUCCUGAACAAAAGCAAAAAAUUUUAAAAGGUUUGGUGAAAGCUGGCAUUCCAUUGCCUGAACCUAAGACCGAAUCAGAAACAAAUUUAAUUGACAAAAUUCGUAAAGAAACUGGUCUUCCACCAGUGCUGAAGACACCAUCAUUGCGAGAAAAAUACAGAAAAGCUCAAGCUGCUGGAUUAAUUACACCGUUAGAGGGUAAAACCCCUGCAGAACAAGAAAAAGUAUUACAAAAACUUCAUGACGCUGGUUUACCUCUUCCGGAAGGUAGGGGAUCUUCGGAAAAAGCUUUAAUCAAGAAAAUUCAAACAAAGCCACCACGAAAAACUUCGUUCGAGAAAUUAACAGCAGCAAAGGCUGCUGGGUUCUUAACACCACUAGAAGGAAAAACAGCAGCACAAAAAGAAAAAAUAUUAAAAGGCCUUGCAAAGACAGGCAUUUUAUUACCAGAGGGUAAGACUUCUUCUGAAAAAGACUUGAUAAAGAAGGUUCGACAAGAAAUGGGAUUGCCGCCAGAACCUGAAACACCAUCAUUGCGAAAAAAGAUACAAAAAGCUCAUGCUGAUGGAUUAGUUACUCCACUUGAAGGUAAAACCCUCGCACAGAAAAAAAAAAAUCUCCAGGCUCUAGCUGACGCCGGCAUUCCACUUCCUGAGGGAAGAACUCCUUCAGAAAAAUCAUUAAUUGCUAAAACCAAACCCAAGCUUAAAGUACUACAAGAAAAAGCUGCAUCACUGGAACGAAAAGUAGCCGCAGAAAAAAAGAAAACAAUAAAAGGAUUGAUAGACCAGGAAUUACCAGGUGGGCAAGCAAAAACGAAAACAUCUUUGGAAAAGUCUAUUAUUCAUAAAAUUCAAUCUGAUCUGGAAAUAGCGUUAACGUCAAGGACGUCAUCGGAAAAAUCAAUCAUUCGCAAAGCAAAAGAGGCAGGUUUAUUAACUCCAAUAACUGGAAAGUCACCAGCUGACAAAGAAAGAAUACUGAAAGGUCUUGCUGAAACAGGCAUACCGUUGCCAGUUGGUAAAACGGUAUCUGAAAAAGCUUUAAUAAAAAAAGUAAGGGCCGAAGGUGGCUUAGCACCUGAGCCAACUUCUUCGGAAAUAAUGGGUAAGAUAAAAAAGAAAACAACAACGAAACCAGGAAAAGGAAUAGAAGCUAGAAAAAUUGAACGUGUAAUUAAAACAACUACAUGCGAUCGAGGUUGUGGUUGUGAUAAAAAGAAAAUUAAGUUCAAACACAGUUACGUAAAAAUCAGAGUUACUUCUCCAGAUAUAUCUUCCCUCUGCGAUUGUCUGCAAGAAUGUAUCCCAGGCGUUACAAGUGGAGCUUUCAUUGACAACGACGGAAUUAAAGUUAUCGUUGGCAGAGUAAUAGGCGUACCUUUAUACUCUCGAGAGUAUAGCUAUCAUAAUGUAGUUGAUGGUAACCCUAAAUCAAAACUCACAAACUUUUUUAAUAAACAUAAUAAGUCACAGUACAAGGUGUGCAUGAAUGUUGCUAAUGAAGAGGAAUACGUCAUGAACAGCAACUCCGAUAGUAGUUCCAGCAACCCGCACAGCAGCUCGGAAAGUGAAAAGAUUUCCGAGCACACUUAUACACCCCCCUACGAGGGGAGGCGGUGCAUUAAACUCGGAGUUUUAAAAACUAAAUCAAGAGCAAACAGUUUUGAUUCUAUUUUCGUUAUUAAAAGUGAGACCUCGUUAAGUUUGAACACGAGUCAAAGUAAUAGUAUGAACACAAUCAGUGUAGUGUCCGUUAUGAACAGCAGCAUAUCAUGCAAUUCUACUAAUUAUUCGGGUGAUCGAACGACUGAUGAAAAUGUGACUUUAAGCUCACUAGAUAAUUCUAUAACAAGCGAAAGCGAAGAUAACAACGAACGAACACCCAUUAGGACAGGCAAUGUGAAAAAGAAAAUUGUGCAACCAAAUCCACAACACGAGUACAAAGUGUAUAUGAUGUCUCAAACCAAAAUAAACUUUCCUACUCAUCAAAGCGGCAAAACUAAAAAAGCACUGACUGAAGCUCACGCGCCUGUGACGAUAUUAAGCCACAUACCGACCAAACUAGAUUUGUCGAAGUUAAUGGAUAAGAUUCUUAAAAAGAAACGAUACGCCGAUGCUGCCUCCAUAUUCAUUGUAAUACCAACAUCUGAUGAGGAAACCGAAGAUUCCGCGGCUUCCGAAAACUGCAAUGCUAGUAAUAAGUCAAGCGAGACUCAAGUUUCACACCAAAAUAAAAAUCUGAAGAGUGUAACGAUGCAAACAUCUGCAUCAACAAACAAAAAGGUUUGUGGCAAAGGAAAUAAGUUUUAUAUGAAAAAAGUAUCAUCUUGUAACGACAAAGAAACAACGUUCCUAAAAGAAACUGUGCAAGUACUUAGACAAGUUGAAAUGAAGAAAAACCAAUUUUGCCAAAUUGCUGCUGCUAGUAAAAUGACACAAGUGGAACAAAAGAUAGAUCAAAUCGUUGGUACCGAUUUUAUCGUGGACUCGCCGUGUUGUUGCUGUCUUGCGGAGCAAUCGUCCAGCCCAUGCAGUUCCAGGAGCAGCUAUAUAACUAAUGUGAUGUCAAGGCAACUCACACCGCGGUUCUUGAAAGGCUUGUCGAAUGAGUCACUAAAAAGACUUCUAUGCGAUGUAGCUCCUUGCUCCGAUGUCAUUUCCUGCAAUGAGCCGUCGAAUGCAUCUUACCAACAUCGCCAGUCCUUCUCAGUAUUGAAACAGAGUCACAGAAAAGAAAGCUCUUCGCUUUGCGAUUGCAUUCGUAACUAUUCGAUGGAAAUUAUAAAAUCUCCACGUAAGCGUAUCUCAUUCAUCGAUUCCAAGAACUCAAAACUCAAAACUCAAGUUAGCAAAACGGCUCAUGAAAUAGCUGGUCACCGAAGAUACAACUCAUCAAACGAUAGUUCACCAAAAUCUGAAAGCGAUGUUGAACGCGGCUACACUAACAGAAAGAAAAUAUUCACAAAAGUAAAGAAUAAAAACGAAUGUACAUGUACAGAUUCCUCUUUAUCGGGGGUGGGUUCUGGAACAACUUCGUCAACGGGAUCAAGAAUCGGCGAAAUGUUUAUUUCUGUAGGACAUUCAAGGUCAAAUCAGUUCGUAAAUCAGCAGCGAUACCAUCAGGCAAAUAGGCGAUCCGAGAGACAAGAAGACACCUGUCAGCUCAUUGACCAGAAAGAUAGUUGCGUAUGUGACGAUGUCGACCACGUUGGUGAUGACAUUGUGAUACCUAAAAAAACAUCACAAAAAACACUACGAAAACCUUCUGCAAAUUGGCGAUCUAGACAAGAAGAAACCAAAGGUAGUUGCGUAUGUGAUGAUGUCUGUAGCGAUGACACGCGCAACUCUAAGAAACGAACUAAUGAUACUGGUUAUGAUAUUGUUAUACCUAAAACUACAUCACAACAUUUACCUCGUGAAAAGCGACUACAAAAUUUAUCUCGUAAAAGCACAGUACAAAAUAUACCUCGUAAAAAAAUAGUACAAGAUAUACCUUGUGAAAAAACAGUGCAUAAUUUACCCCCUGACGUGGCAGAACAGGCAGAUGACUCGAGUUCCAGUAAAAAAUCAAAAAAUCCGAAACGUCAAAAUAGCCCCUUAAAAUACUUAUCUCAGUUAAUUAAAUCUUCCUUAAGCAAAUUUAAUAGUUGCACAUGUGAAGGCAAACAACAAACAGGUCAAGUAGAUGUAGAUACUUCGUACCGUAAGGAUUCCAAAAACCUUGAAAUAGCAAAGGAAUCUAGAGAAUCAGAACAAGCAACAAAAUCUAAAGGUAAUAAUUUUGCAGCCAAUACCGAACAUUUAUCUCAAAAACCCGUUCAAAAUUUACCACGUGACGAGGCAGAACAAGCAAACUACCCGAGAUCCAGAAACAAUUCAAAAAUACGGAGAUGUCAAAGUAGCCCCUUAAAAUUAUUUUCUCAGCUAAUAAAAUUUUCCCUAAGCAAAUUGAAUUGUACAUGUGAUGACAAACUACAAACGGAUCUAGUAGAUAUAGAUAAUUCGUACCCCAAAAAUUCCAAAGACCUUAAAAAAGCAAAUGAAUCAGAACAAGCAACAAAAUCUAAAAGUAAAAAUCCUAUAGCUAGUACUGAACAUUUAUCACAAAAGACUGUUCAAGAUUUACGUGGUGAAAAAAGAGCAGAAGAUUUACCUCGUGAAAAACCAGCACAAAAUUUAUAUCGUGACGAGGCAGUACAGGCAGACGACUCCAGUUCCAGUAACAAAUCAAAAAAACCGGAACGUCAAAAAAGCCCCUUAAAAUUUUUGUCUCAGCUAAUUAAAUCUUCCUUAAGCAAAUUUAAUACUUGUACAUGUGAUGACAUAAUACAAACAGAUCUAUCAGAUGUAGAUACCUCGUACCCUAAGGAUUCCAAAGAUUUAUCUCGUGAAAAAAUUGUAGAAGAUACACCUCCUGAAAAAACUGUACAAAAUUUACCUCGUGAAAGAACUGUAGAAGAUAUACCUUGUGCAUAUAGGCGAUCUGAGAGACAAGAAGACACCAAGCAACUCUUUUCCCACAAAGGUAAUUGCGUUUGUGACGAUGUCGACCGCACUGGCGAUGACAUAAACCUGAAAACAAGCAACUUUAAAAAACCAAAAGGAACUGUUACCACCGAUGACACUAAAAAUAAAGACUGCGCAUGUCAAGUGGUCCGCGGCCAUAAUACCGUGAUACCUGAAAAAACGUCAAGUGCAAUUAGGCGAUCUGAGAGACAAGAAGACACCAAGAAAGUCUUUUCCCACAAAGGUAGUUGCGUAUGUGACGAUGUCGACCGCACUGGCGACUCUAAGAAACCAAAAGAAACUGUUACAACCGAAGAAACUAAACAUAAAGCAGACGCCGCAUGUCAAGUAGUCGACGGUCAUGAUAUUGUGAUACCUAAAAGAACAUCACGUGAAAAAUCAGUACAAAUCAUACCUCGUGAGAAAUCAGUACAAUUUAUACCUCUUGAAAAAACAGUACAAGAUAUACCUCGUGAGAAGUCAGUACAAAUUAUACCUCGUGAAAAAUCUGUACAAAUUAUACCUCGUGAAAAAUCAGUACAAGGCAUACCUCGUGAAAAAAUAGUACAAGAUAUACCUCGUGAAAAAACAGUACGAAAUGUACCCCCUGACGUGGCAGAACAGGCAGACGACUCGAGUUCCAGUAAAAAAUCAAAAAAACCGAAACGUGAAACUAGCUCCUUAAAAUUCUUGUCUCAACUAAUUAAAUCUUCCUUAAGCAAAUUCAAUAGUUGUACAUGUGAUGACAAACAACAAACAGGUCUAGUAGAUACUACGCACCCUAAAGAUUCUAAAGACCUUAAAGAAGCGAAGGAAUCUAAAGAAUCAGAACAAGCAAAACAAUCUAAAGGUAAAAUUCCUGUAGCCAGUACUGAACAUUUACCUCAAAAAAAUGUUCAAGAUUUAUCUCGCGAGAAAACAGUACAAGAUGUACCCCCUGACAAGGUAGAACAUGCAGAUGACUCAGGUUCCAGUAAAAAAUCAAAAUCACCGAAACGUCAAAAUAGCCCCCUAAAAUUCUUGUCUCAACUAAUUAAAUCUUCCUUAGGCAAAUUGGAUAGUUGUAAAUGUCCUGACAAACAUCAAACAGAUCUAUUAAAUGCAGAUACCUCCCACCCCAAGGAUUCCAAAAACCUUAAAGAAGCAAAAGAAUCUAAAGAAUCAGAAGAAGGUAAAAAAUCUAAAAAAGAAAAAGCACCAGAUAAAACGCACACAAUUUGUGGUUGUAACGAUGAUAAAGCCAAUAAGAAGGAGGCUGAAUCAAAGAAAAAUUUGUGCACAGACAAAACGCCUCAAUCGCAGAAAUCAUCAAAAAAGAAGCACUCAAUUUGUAGUUGUAAAGAUGAUAAAGACAAUAAGAAGGAAGCUAAAUCAAAGAAAAAUUCGGACACAGGCAAAACGCCUAAAUCGCGGAAAUCAUCUUCUAAGAAGCACUCAAUUUGUUGUUGUAACGAUGAUAAAGACAACAAGAAGGAGGAAAUUUCUCAACCGCCGCUUGUAUCUAACAGUGAAGAUCCUCAAUUGCAGCCAUCAUCUAGCUCUGGAAAAACUCCUCAGGCGCAGCCGAUGUCUGACUCUGAACAGAAUCCUCAAUCGGUAUCAACUUCUGGAAUUGAGUCGUCAUCUCAACCAACAUGUGAAAUUGAAUCAUCGCCUCAAUCAACACCAAUGUCACCAAGGAAAUCUUCACUAAGGAAAUCGUUACCCCCAUCUCCCGUGUCAGGUUCACCUAUCUCUGAACCAAAUCCUCUACUGGAACCAACAUCUGAAUCGGAGUCUUCACCUCAUUCAACACCAAUGUCACCAAGGAAAUCUUCACUAAGGAAAUCGUUACCCCCAUCUCCCGUGCCAGAUUUACCUAUCUCUGAACCAAAUCCUUUACUGGAACCAACAUCUGAAUCGGAGUCAUCACCUCAAUCAACACCAAUGUCACCAAGGAAAUCGUUACCCCCUUCUCCCGUGCCUGGUUCACCUGUCUCUGAGCCUCAACGAAUAUCACCUCCAAUCGACUCAUGCUUCCCAAAAACAGAGCAGACCCGGCAAUUAUGUAUGACACCAAAAUGUAUGCAGCCAUCUGCAGAAUACCUCCCUCCUGAAGGAUACUCUUACGAGGAAAUUGGUCCUAGUUGCGGUUGGGUAGACAUGGCAGAGGUCAUCAGAAGAAAAUCCGAGUGGUCACAGUAUACCUCUGGGUUCAAAGCCUGCAAGAGAAAAAAAGUAGUAAAAAAUUUGGAUGUACCGCAAGAGGAAAUUGAAUUAGACUUUGAAGAUGCCGUCAAGUACUAUGCAAGUACGCAUCCAGAACUAUUUCGGGAUUUAAUGCAACAGGAGUUACAAAAGAAAAUCGAAUCGGAGACUGACUUAGAGCAGUUCAAAGGCAAAGAAGGUAAAAAACUAAAAAAAAUAAAAGAAAAGGAGAGAAAACAAAGAGAAAAAGCAAGAAAAAAGGCAGAAAAGGAAAAAAACAGGAAAGAUAAAAAAACUAAAAAGAAAGGAAAACGCAGUUCAGAUUCCGAUGAAGAAGUUAAGCAAAAGAACUCACUUAAUGAGGAAACCUGUCGCUGUCCAUACGGACCCGUACCUCUGCCACCUUACGCGAGUACAUCUGAAGAAUGGGAAUAUCCCAGAGGAUUGAAAAUGUGCCUUGGAGGCAAGUACUCCACUACACCAGGUCUCAAGGGUGUGGCGUGCUUCAAAAUGACUCAAGAAUCUCAAUCACUUUCAACUAUCUUUAAUCAAGAAUCUCUCAUCUCUUGGUAA